UGGCGGGGAGCGCCUGAGCCCGGGCGCCGGGCGCACGCAGCCCGGCCAGUAUGCAUCUCCGCCCGCUACCAUAGGGGGAAUUACAGCUUCUCCUCACCAGCUGCCAGCAUGAUUUCAUCUGCUGGAGGAUUUUUGCAUCUGAUCGCUUGAGGUUUUGUGUUUUUUUUCCCUCCCUCUGUCUUUGUUUCCUUCCCCCUUUCCCCCCCCUUCCCUCCCUCCAUCUCCCCUUUCCUCCUCCUCCUCUCUUUUAGAAGCAGCAAUCGGAGAUGGAUGUCUCUCUUUGCCCUACCAAGUGCACUUUCUGGAGGGUAUUUUUGCUCUGGAGCAUUUGGGGAGACUAUCUGCUUUCGGUGCUGGCUUGCCCUGCUAAUUGUCUUUGCAGCAAGACAGACAUCAAUUGCAAGAAGCCGGAUGAUGGGAACCUCUUCCCUCUCUUGGAAGGGCAGGAUUCAGGCAGCAGCAAUGGCAACACAAGCAUCAAUAUCACGGACAUCUCAAGGAACAUCACUUCGAUACACAUAGAGAACUGGAAGAACUUGCAGACACUGAAUGCUGUAGACAUGGAGCUGUACACGGGACUCCAGAGGCUGACAAUCAAGAACUCAGGGCUACGAAACAUCCAGCCACGGGCAUUUGCGAAGAAUCCUCACCUGCGCUACAUAGACCUCUCCGGUAACCGGCUCACCACACUGUCAUGGCAACUCUUCCAGACACUGAGACUUUUUGAACUGAGACUAGAGAAGAACCUUUUUAACUGCAGCUGCGACAUCCGCUGGAUCCAGCUCUGGCAAGAGAAAGGCGAGGCGAAUCUGCAGUACCAGGAGCUGUACUGCAUGAACAUGGAUGCAGCCAUCAUCCCCUUGCAGGAGAUGAACAUCACCCAAUGCGACCUCCCCGAGAUCAGUGUGAGCCACGUGAACCUGACAGUAAGGGAAGGGGAGAAUGCUGUGAUCACCUGCAACGGCUCAGGCUCACCACUGCCUGACGUGGACUGGACUGUCGCGGAUCUUCACUCCAUCAAUACUCACCAGACCAACCUCAACUGGACCAAUGUUCAUGCCAUCAAUCUGACCUUGGUGAACGUCACCAGUGAGGACAAUGGGUUCCUGCUCACCUGCAUUGCCGAGAACGUGGUGGGCAUGAGCAAUGCCAGUGUGCUGCUCACUGUCUACUAUCCCCCUCGCAUCCUAACCUUGGAGGAGCCAGUGCUGCACCUGGAGCACUGCAUUGCAUUUGCAGUGCAUGGAAACCCAGCUCCCACCCUUCACUGGCUGCACAAUGGCCAGGUCCUCCGGGAGACAGAGAUCAUCCACAUGGAGUUCUACCAACAAGGAGAAGUGUCAGAGGGCUGCCUGCUCUUCAACAAACCCACUCACUACAACAAUGGCAACUAUACAAUUGUGGCCACCAACCAGCUGGGCUCAGCCAACCAAACCAUUAAAGGACACUUCCUUGAAAAGCCCUUUCCAGAGAGUACAGAUAACUUUGUCUCAAUUGGUGAUUAUGAAGUGAGUCCCACUCCACCGAUCACUGUCACCCACAAACCAGAGGAGGACACUUUUGGGGUUUCCAUAGCAGUUGGACUGGCAGCCUUUGCUUGUGUCCUCUUGGUGGUCCUCUUUAUUAUGAUCAACAAGUAUGGCCGGCGGUCCAAGUUUGGGAUGAAAGGUCCUGUGGCAGUGAUCAGCGGAGAGGAGGAUUCAGCCAGCCCCCUCCACCACAUCAACCACGGCAUUACGACGCCCUCAUCCCUGGAUGCUGGUCCAGACACGGUGGUGAUCGGCAUGACCCGUAUUCCUGUCAUCGAGAACCCUCAGUACUUCCGACAAGGUCACAACUGCCACAAACCAGACACGUGUUUCAGAGAAAUUAUGUUGAAUCCAAUAAGCCUCCCUGGACAUUCCAAACCUCUUAACCAAGGCAUUUAUGUUGAGGAUGUCAGUGUUUAUUUCAGCAAAGGACGUCAUGGCUUUUAAAAACUCCUUAAAAGUCCCUGUUCUGAUGUCAAGUUUAUAGGCUGUGCCCUCAAAAUGGUGGGAAGCAGUAAGCGUGGUCUGUAUGGAUUGAGGUCUCCUACUAAUAGGACUCUACAGCCCUGCCUGUACACACGUUAAAGCCAACUGAAACUGUGGUUUUCUGUCACCAGAUAACAGGGUUGUUCUUUUCCUCCAGUGGUCGCUGUGUUCGUUAAAUAUCUCUGCAAGGCACAACAGCAGCAAUGAGAGCAAAUAAAGAAAAUUAAAACCCAAAUUAAAGGAGUCAUCCUAAUAACACAGUAAAUAAUUGUACUUUUGCUUUAAAAUAAAACACAAAACAAAACCAACCAAGCCAACCAAACUGACAUCUUUAGUCAUGUCCUCCCUGCUUGGAGUUUUCCUUGUAAGCUUGUGUCUUCGCAACACCCAGUGAAUGCUGCCAUCACCUCUUACUGUGGCAAUGUGAUGGGAAGUCUCCCAGAGCGAGCUGAGGCGGGGAGCCUGGAAGAAACUAAAGCAGAAAGAAGACUUUUGGUAAGAAAAAAGGCAGCCCCGCUCCCCGUUUUUGCACUGAAAAUGAUUUUGGAAGGCAUAAUAACGAAAAGAAAAUUGUACUUCUCUAACAGGAAGAGAAUGUGGUUAUCUUUGAAGUACACAUAUUCUAGGAGGCUUUUUUUUGUUUGUCUGUCUGUGUGUGUUAGAGCGGCUCAUUGGAUUUGACUAUAUCGUUGUCGUACUUUGGUCUCUCCCUGCUGCUUGAAUGAUGAGCUUUAUCUGAGGAGUUUCCUGGACUUCUCAUGUGGAUGGAAAAUCCAUAGUGCAGGAGGGUCAGUGUCCUCACGAGGACUAGGGCAGUAAGCAAAGUGAAAAAGCAUAUUAGACGCACGCAGAUCCCAGUUGCUGGGCCUUUUCCAGCCCCACUUAGUCCUCCCCUAUAUUCUCACCAAACUAGAGACUGAUUGUAUCCCAGUCAUGCGAACAGAGCAAUCAGCUCGAGGUAGAGUGACUGAAGGGGAAGAAAAAUAAGUAUUCUGUUGCUUCUUCUGUGGCAUAAACAGGAAUAUCGAUCCUGUUCUCUGGUCAAUAUUUGUAUUCUCUCCCACUCUCCCUUCCCGCUUUUGUCCUACUUCAUCCAAAGCCUCUCAGAUGGAAAAAUAAAGCCCGUGAUCUUGUCCUCAAGAGAAGCCAGAUGCCCUCAUGGCUACUUGCUGGGCUUUUCUUGGACUCUCUGGACAUCAUAUCUAUGGGAAAUAAAGAUAUGCUCACUCAUAUCAGUGAAAACCUAUAGGCGGGGCAGAUUUUCUUUAUGGGCAAAAAAGAACUCCUGAAAGCUUCAGGUGUGGCCAGAUCCCUUUCUGAGAGGAGUGUUGAACCAGGAGCUUGUUCACCAGCUGUACAGCUGUAUAGCUUUACUUGCCUUCUUGGUGGCCUGAGGUGUUCUUAUCACAUCAGGGAUGUCUCUAAAUCGCUAGCCCUGAUGAGUCACUGCCACUGGAAAGAGUCAUGAUCCCCCUCUGCCAGAAUUAGGCAGAAGCCUAAGAAUGGGAUGUUCUGUUUCAUCCUGCCUUUAUGGGUGACCUGUGUGAACCAUCCUGGAGAUGUGCCAGGGAGGUUUUAUUAUCACCUUUCCCAUAGGGAUGUCCCUAUGAAUAUUCCAUUCUCUUGCUUCUUUUACUGGUUCACUCGCAUAAAAAUGUAAAGUGCAAUAGAAGAGUGAAGGAGAAAUGAUAGCAGAUUGCUUUAAGUUAAUGGACAUGCCUUAGGGGGACAUCUGCAUUAAGACAAGGAGGCCUGGCUCAGGUUGAAUCACUUCUGAAACCACAACCAAAUUUCCAACAAUAUUUCCUGCCCAAAUCAGAGCUGGAAAUACAAGAAGUGCACCAAGACAGAGGACCUGAAGCUGUGUGUGAUUAGCACCUCAAUUCUACAGACUCACAGACCGAAGAGGAGCUUCACAAAGCAUGUGAAUUACUGGGUGCUUGUCUGAACUGAAUUCCCCAUCUCCUGGAAGUCAACCAUCUGAUCUGGGGAUGUCUUGUCCAUCCGAACUGUCUCCUCUCCCUUGCACUGUUCAGGGAACUCUGCUCUCAACUGUGUGUAUCAGUCAUAGAGAUACAUCUGUGGGCCUGAACCAGAAGCCUAUACCCAAUCACCCUAGCAGAGGAAGGGUUGAAUUUUGCGGCUCAGGUCCGUCUCUGUCUAGAAGAAAUCCUUCGGACCGUACAGCAUAAUUUAAAGCAGUUCUCCCCACUGUGAUCAAUGUCUCAAUUUGUUUAACACCAGUUAAAGUCUCUGGUUCCUCACUGCUGAAAACGAAAGCCAGUUAUGGCCGUUUGCAAUUGGUGGCUUUAAGUAGCAAGUCUAAGGAUCUUUUUUUAUUAUUUUAUUUUGUUUUUAAUUAUUGUAAAUCAUUACCUCAUUUUCUGUCAAUGAGACUCCUCCAUCUUUGAGCAUUCUUAUCUUGCCAUAACUAUCAUCCUGUGCUAAUGGGAAAUGGGAUGGUCCCUUUUCACAGAGACUAUAGGGGUGUUCAAUGUCUAGUUUCUUAAUAAACACUUUAUUUUCUAACGAAA